AUGACAUGUAAAUGAGCAGGCUGGGUUUGAAGUCUACCCAGACGCGAAGUCGGAGGACUGUAGUAGUUUUAGGCAACAAGCAAAGGGUAAAGUCAGUGGGGGUCCCACACGCGGUCUAUCUCCGUUCUCUAUCCUGUCGCAGACUCCCCCCUAAAUGGAAGAUACAAGGUCUCCUUCGCUGUCGCCUCGCAUUUUCUCGGAAAAGGAGGUAUCCAAGCACUGCACCAAGGAUUCGUGCUGGGUGUUGUUAGGGACGCGGGUGUACGAUGUGACUGGGUUCCUUCGGAUGCACCCGGGCGGAGAGGCGCUCAUACUCCGCCGCUCCGGCAAGGACAUAAGCGAGGAGUUGGACGGUCCCCCGCACAGGCACUCCGAUAACGCCCGGAGGUGGAUGGAGCAGUACUACAUCGGCGAAAUCGACAGAGACAGCACGGACGAAGAUACGGAGACUUUAAGACAAAGAAAGAAGACCACAGAAGACAUAACAGAAGAAGACGGAAGCUCAGACAUCAAUAAAUGCGCCAAAGUUGACGAAGGAAAGGAUCUGGUAGACUGGAGAAAACCUCUUGCCUGGCAGGUCGGAAACCUGGGAGAGAAAUAUGACACGUGGGUCCAUCAGCCUGUGGACCGACCAAUCAGAUUGUUCGAGUCAGACUUCUUUGAGGCCAACACAAAAACUUCAUGGUACAUGGUGCCAAUCGUAUGGUUGCCUUUGGUUGUCUAUCUGAGCUGGUAUUGCUACACAUUACUGGCACAAGAGAGGACAAGAGUGUACUUUACAUCAGAUUACUCCAUUCUGAUCCACAAGUACACCUUUCCAUUUCUUUUCAUGUUCGGUAUGUUCCUUUGGUCUUUUGUCGAAUACUGCAUCCAUCGCUUCGUCUUCCACUUGCGUCCACCCGCCCACAAUUAUUACCUCAUCACGCUGCACUUCCUGCUGCACGGUCAGCACCACAAGUCUCCAUUCGAUGGCUCUCGUCUGGUGUUUCCUCCCAGCCUGGCAGCCAUCGUCAUCGGUGGUUUCUACCUAGUACUCACAAAGAUCUUUCCUGAGGGUCUGGGGACCUCAAUGUUCGUCGGGGGUCUGUAUGGAUACGUGGUCUACGACAUGAUCCACUACUACCUGCACUACGGCUCGCCGCAGAAAGGCUCUUACCUGUACGGAUUAAAAGCUUAUCACGUCAAACACCACUUUGAACACCAGCGGGCAGGUUUCGGGAUCUCCACUACAUUCUGGGACCACCCCUUCAAAACAGUCAUCCCAAAGCAGACAUUUUAGAAUACCCCAUCGAUCGCCACAACGACCAAAUCCAUAUGUCCCCUGCAAACUCCCAUAAGCCUCUCCCAUCCCCGCUCCAUCCCCCGCCUUAUGUUACCAUGUUAGGUACAGUGUCUUAUCCUGCUGCUGCUACCAGCUAAACUCUACGGCCUUCAUGAUCAUCAAUCUCACGAGAAGGGAGAGUGCCUAAAAGUCUAGAAUCUAAAUAAAUAUUUAUAUGGUGAAUGAAUGUACUGAUGAAUCAACAUUAAUGUCUUUUUUUUUAGAGGCACCAGAAUAUCCAACUCCCAGUUUUGCCCAUCCGUGUAACGUUAGAUGUACAGAUAGAUACCAGUAGGUGUGGGAGGGUGUGUGAAGGUGUGGAUGAACGAGAGAGAGUAACCGUGAUUUUCUUAGUCGUAGUGUUAAUGUGCUGAAGGGUUUCAGAGAGAGCCGUCGUGCCGAGUGGUACUUUCGGUGGUCUUGUGAGCCAUUGCCUUUAUGGAAAACUCAGGAAAGUCUCAGAUGCUUUUAUCUACUCAGUGUUGAUGCUUACUGACCAUUGGGUCCCCUAGCUGUCUGUCAAACUUUGCUCUGCCUACAGUGGGUCCAAAAAGGGUUCGGGAACAUUGUAAAAAAUGCCAACAAAAUAUCAAACCAAUAAAUACUGUAUCAAAGGCUUAAGCACCCUUUUUAAGCAAAAUAUGUUUUUAGUUGCAAAGUGAAAAGAGGAAAAAUUGACACUCGGUUUGAUACUUGGUAAAAAAAUGAACUAUUUAAAAAGAAACCAGAAUACUUUUUUGGCACACUGAAUGUUUCUUUUACAUUGUUUCAUCAUGCUUUUUCAUUGUGGGUUACAUAAACCCCAUUAGCUUCAGCAGUCAUGUCACAAAUUAAUUGUUUCCCAGGACUUGAUAGUUAGAUCACAAGCCUCUAUCAUUCUUGCCUUUCUUAUCUCAUUUACAUUGAGGUGUUUUUUGCCAAUUGACUUAGACGUAAAUCCUGGACCUUCGGAAGCCAAAACCAGCAGUUCCUCAUGUAAUAUGUUACAUAUCCACAUCCAGUGAGAUAUUAAGUUAUGGAGGAUUGAAGCUGGCUUUUGGUUCCCCAGCUUAGCACUCGGAGGUCUGCCGUCACGAACUCGUGAGGGCAUGAAGCAGGGUGAUGUGGUCACUCCUGUCGGUGGGGGUUGCCUGAUGUACGUAGCUGUGGUAGGGUGGAGGGUCUAUAUAAAUCCUCUGUCUGUAGAUCUAGCCAGCGCGAGCGACCCCCUCCAAAUUCUGGCGUGACGAUCUGUUGAAUCUGACCAGGUUUCAGGAGAGGGCCGCAAUAGAUAACAUCCCUGACUGAUCUCUCAUCAGUUCAUACGGCAGAUUUUCCCAACUCUUGAACCGCUUGUCCGUUCUCUUUUCUGUAUGUUUUUUCCCUCGUUCGUUUUAACCCUUUUGUCUUGACACUGACUCACGCCUCUGAUUUCUGGGAAUUUCCAGAAAGGUGAAAUUGAAGCCGUGGCCUCCUUCAGCUCUACUUUUAUCAGUUAUUUGCCAUUUUUGAUCACAGGUUCCUUGCAUAAAUAUCACGUUUGACCUAAUUAUUUUAUCUGUGGUAGUAGAUUGAUUUUCUCUUCAUAUGAGUUUUAUCAGGCCAAGUUUUCCCGGAAAUAUUUACAGCAUAUAGAUAUAUAUAUAUGAAAGAGAGAGAGAAGAGAGAGAGAGAGAGAGAUUAUAUUAUAUAUUUAAGUUUCAAAUGCUCCUGUCUGCCUUUCUUUUCCUUCCGAACCAACUACAAUAAUAUUGUAAGCCAUGGAAGGGAUGUCAGGGAUUCAGGACAUUUAAAUAGGACCUUUCUUCUUACCAUGAUUUAAUGGCAGAACGAAACUCAUAAAAUGCAAUGGCUAUUGUAAUGUUUUUUGAUUUUUUGUAACUGUGACGCCCUCCUGAGCUCACGGUGCUCCGGUGAUAUCGGAGAAUGCUUUGAGUUGAAGCAAGUGAACAGAGCAAUAUAUUUAUCUGUUUAUUUGUAUUAAGGGAAUAUAAAUCUUUCAGCUAAAGAUGUCUCUAAUAAAUCUCAAAAUCUGUUUACUAUGUAUUUUUAUUUUGGAAAUUUCUAUGCAAAUGCAAAUGUAUUUGUAAAUAAACGUAUGUAUAUUUCUGAUGAAA